AAGAAAUCGCCGAAGCCCUCGGGUGUCGACACCAGCCACACUUGAUCCCCCAUUUACGCCACAUGCUCGUCAUCGCCGUCGGCCGCCCGGCCCCCACAUGUCUGGUUAUGGACAAUUUAAAGAGGUGAGCACUUGCUCCGCAUUUGGAUGCGAAAGGCUGGACGACGACGACACACGAUCUUCCAAACUUCCAGAGCUUCAAGAUCCUCGAGAAGCUUCAGAACCUCAAAGUCGGUUUUUGGUAUAAAUCCCCACAAAGCGACCAACGCUCCAUUCGAAAUAUCCCCUAAACCCACCAUCCGAACGCUCCAGACAGACAGAGACCCCUCUACCAAGCUCCCGACAACAAUGCGAACACCUCCCAAACCCGCAUAACCGACCCACGCAAACCCUCACGAUGCUCCUCCUCCAGCAAUCCGGCACCCUCAAAGUCGGCGAGGUCGUCCGCUACACCAUCACCUACACCCCCAGCCGCGACCGCAUCCUCCCGCACCCCACGCACCUGCACCUACGCAUCAAGAACACCUCCGCCAUCGCCCUCCGCGCGGCGUUCAUGCACGGGCCCUACGCGCUCUACGUCUCCGCCGCCCCCUCCACGCACCGCGUCGAUGUCGCCAGCGGCGCGAGCGCGAGGCUCGACGGCGUCCCGGAGUUCGAGCCGAAUCUCAAAGCCGGUGCGGCGUGGAGCGCGAGGCUGAAGGUUAGGGGUGGUGAGGAGGAGACGAGUUGGGUGGUUGAGGUGGCUAGUCAGGUUAUUUUUUCGGCGAGUGCGGGGGUGAGGUUUGAGGUGCUUGUUGGGAGGGAUGAAGGGAGUGUGGGGGGGGAGAUGGGGGCGGGGAAGGGGGCGGCGAGGCAGGGGGUUUUUUCGGAGGCGGUGACGGUUAGGGUCGAGGAUACGGCGGGGUUGUGGAAUACGCCUAGGUUGCCGGAGUGGGAGGGGGAGGAGGGGGGGGAUGGGAGUGGUGGGGAGGGGGUGAGGAGGGUGGGGAAGGUGGAGGAGGGGAAGAAGGUGGAGGGGGAGAGGGCGAAUGGGGAGGGGAAGACGGAUGAUAGGAAGCAGAAGAAGAUACAUUUGGUGGUGUUGACGCAUGGACUGCAUAGUAAUCUGGGCGCGGAUAUGCUGUACAUGAAGGAAAGCAUAGAUGCUGGAGCGAAGAAGGCGAAGGAGGAAGCCAAACUACGGCGGGACAAACGCCGGAAGGAGAGGGCAGAAGCAGCUUCUGCGCAAAGCAGCAGUACAAACGGCGACGGGACUUCGGAGCAAAAACAUGCGGACGACGAGGAUACUGACGACGAGGAGGACGUUAUAGUCCGCGGCUUCUCCGGAAAUGCGGUUCGCACCGAGAAGGGGAUUAAAUAUCUAGGCAAGCGAUUGGCGAAAUACGUCUUAGCGAUGACAUACCCAGACCAGCCGUUCCAUUCCGUCAGUAUAAGCGCUGGCGAAAGUUUGAAAGCGGCAGUCACACACGACAAAUCCAAAGAGGUCGAGCUCGGCGAGGCGGUACACCCCCACAGCAGCAUCCGGAAAGAUACGCCCACCGGAAAGAAACUCGCAUACAAAAUCACCAGUAUCAGCUUCAUCGCGCACUCGCUGGGUGGCCUGAUCCAGACUUACGCCGUAGCGUACAUCCAGAAGCACUCCCCCGACUUCUUCGACAAGAUCCAGGCCGUCAACUUCAUCUGCCUCGCCUCGCCCUUCCUAGGCCUCAGCAACGAGAACCCGCUCUACGUCAAGUUCGCCCUCGACUUCGGCCUCGUCGGCCGCACAGGCCAGGACCUCGGUCUGACAUGGCGCGCGCCGACGCUCGCACGCAGCGGCUGGGGAGCGCUCGUCAGCGGCAUCGGGGAGAACGGCAAGAAGGCAAUCGAGCACCCGCGGGACCCGCGCUCGAAGCCGCUCUUGCGGAUCCUGCCGACGGGGCCGGCACAUGUGGCGCUCAAGAAGUUCCGCAACCGGACGGUGUAUUCGAAUGUUGUGAAUGAUGGGAUCGUGCCGCUGCGAACGAGCUGUUUGCUCUUCUUGGAUUGGCAGGGAUUGGGGAGAGUGGAGAAGGCGAGGAGGGAGAACGGACUUGUGGGAACGAUGGCGGGGUGGGGAUGGGCGGAGUUGACGGGACAGAAUGCCACGGCGGCUGCGAGACAGGAAUGGAUGGAGGAAGCAAAAGAGACGGAAGCUGCGCAGGCUCAGGCUGAGGCGAAUGGGAGUAAUACACCUACACGGCAGGGAAGAGGUGGCGAUGUCCCGCAGCCUCCGCCCGAUGCGACCGAGGACGAUGUACGCAGUCUGAAGAGCAUGAAAAUCACUCGACGAUCAACGAGCCAACCGCGCUCGUCGAGCAACGCGAAGGAGAACGAACUGCACCCGCCGCCGCAAUCGCCAACCAUCACUGGCACAGCAUCCACUAAAGGCCCCAUCGACAGCUUCCUCGAUUUCUUCAACCCCCGCGCCAAAUCCCCCGACCCCCCGCGGCAAUCCAAAAUCUACAAACGCAGCCAGACCGUCAAAUUUGACGAUCCCACCCGCAAAUCAGACAGCAAAACCGACUCCGACUCAAGCACCAACCACACCGCCGGCAUCAGCUCCGCCCUUCCCGAGGACCCUCAGGGCUCCGCCGCCCCGCCACGAACAAGCUUCUUCGAAGCCGCAGGCGACAUCCUCGCCCCCCCCCUCCCCCCACUCUCCUUCCUCAUCGACCCCUCCACGCGCCCCUUAACCAUCUUCCACGACCGCGUCUACCACCCCUCCGACAUCCCCCCACCCCCUCUCAAACCCCCCACCACCACCUCCAACAAACUCUCCAAGACGCCCCCAGCAUCAAACCACAGCACCAACAGCUUCGCCACCACCGCCUCCGACUCCUCCUUACCCCCCCUCGCGGAAAUAGACUCUUCAGCCAUGAAAGUCGAGGAGAAAAUCGCGCGCGCUUACCACCGCGACCUCGCGUGGCGGAAAGUCCUCGUGCGCCUAGAGCCAGAUGCACAUAACAACAUCAUCGUGCGGCGCAAAUUCGCAAACGCCUACGGAUGGCCAGUCGUACAGCACCUGGUUGAUACGCAUUUUGCUGGUGGCGGCGCAGCGCUUACUCCUGAUGAUGAGGAGGGGAAUGAGGAUCGUGCGACGGGGGGGUCGCCGGGGGGCAAUGGACGGGAUGAAGAGGAGGAGCCGGCGCUGCAUCAAUUCCUCAACCCUGCACAGAGGCGGGAACGCGAGGAAGAAGAUAGAGAGAGCGUAGAUCACCUCUCCAGCCUCAGCGAUGCGGUGAGCACGCACACGCAUACCGCGCAGCGGACCCGCAAACCGGUGCUGGAGCGCGCGGACUCGGAGGUGUGGAGUGAGCACGAUUUCAUGGAUAGUGAGGGGGAUAGCGAUGGGGAGGAUGGGGGAGUGAAGGAGAAGAAGAGGGUGGAGGAGGGGCCGGGGUGGAAUUGGACGGAGAAGAUUGUGGGGAGGGGGGCGGUGGCGGGAAGGGCGGGGAAGGGUGGGGGGAAGGUGGGCGGGGGAGGGGGGAAGGGGGGGAUGGGGCAUAAGCAUAAGGAGAGUAGGGAGUAUACUGUCCCUUCUCCUGAAGAGGAUGAGGAGGACGAGGAUGGGGAGGUUGAGGGCGUGUCGAAGGGUUUGAAUAUGUUGAAUCUUGGUGUACAGCCGGUGGCGGAGAGUGAUACGCAUGUUGGGAUUGUGGAGGAGGUUGCGAGGGCCAGUGUUAGUAGGAAUAUUGGUGGGGGAGGUGGAGCUGGUGCUGGGCUGGGGGUUUGAAUUCCUGGAGGCGACUUGUGGAUGGUUGUAUUGAGCUGGGGGUGUAGGAAUAGGAUAGGGUAUUAUAGAGUGAGCGUGGUAUAUAUUGAUACGUUGCUUUGUUAAUACAAUACUUUAAUCGGAA